UUCUGCUCAGUAACGUUCUCCCAUUCUGCUCGAUAGGUAUUACCAACUCGAACCAUGGCACAGAAAAUAGCUGAUGACUCUACUCUGUUGAAUAUUCCUGAGCAGCUUGCGAAGUAUGAGGAUAUCCACUUACACAAAGGAUCGGUAAAAUUUAUGCCUCCCAUACGGUCGAUGGAAUGUCGAGAUGACGACAUCUUCGUAACGUCGUAUCCUAAAUGCGGUACAACAUGGAUGCAAGCAAUCGUCUGGUUGGUAACAAGCGACCCAGACACGUCCUCUACUAUUAUGAGCAACAGCUCAGCUAGUCUCGAUGAACUGGUGCCGAUGCUAGAAUGGCCGCUUCAAAAAAGCGACUUCAACGAUUUGAAAGGCUCUCCCGACGUCGGACUUCGUGACUGGAACAAGAUGGCGUCUCCCCGACUUAUGAAGACUCACAUACCUUUUCAUCUACUGUCUCCUGACAUCACGAAACAAAGGAAAACACCUAAGAUUGUUUACAUCUCAAGAAAUCCGAAGGAUAUGUGCGUUUCUGAUCACAAGUUCUUGAGCGGCUUUUCUUGUUGGUCAGCCUCUGAACACAUGUACCUCGAGAUGUCAUUCGAAAAGUAUUUGGAAAAUUGGUUUGAUGGAAUAGUAUCAUUUGGUGAUUAUUUUACUCACAACAUGGAGUUUUGGGAGAGACGUGACUGGGACAAUAUACUUUUUGUAAAGUACGAAGAUCUAUUGCAGGACCCACACAGAGAAGUCACGCGCGUGGCCAGGUUUUUGGGGAAGGACCUUAGCUCUGAGCGGAUCCACCAGAUUACACAAGAAACAAUGUUCAGCCGCAUGAAGCAAAACAACGUGUUAAAUAACAGCCACUGGAAAACAAUUCAUCAAAGGGAGACACCAUUUCACAGAAAAGGGAAGUGUGGUAACUGGAAGAAGCACUUCACAGUGGCACAGAGUGAGCGCAUGGAUGCCUUGUACAAGCAGAGGUUUGCUGGUAAGUGUGGUGACUGGAAGAAGCACUUUACGGUAGCACAGAGUGAGCGCAUGGACGCCAUGUACCAGCAAAGGUUUGGUGGUUCAGGACUCCAGCACCAGUUUGAGCUAUAA